CCGAAGAUUUUUGUUUUUGUUUUUUCCACGGCUUGGUUAAUUGCAUUCUUUUUCCAUCCAAAACAUAGCGGGAAAAAAUAAUUAGUGGAAUGAAAAAAAUAAAAAUAAUUAGUAAACUGUUCUUUUAUUUAUGUUUGAAUAUUAAAUAUGAAAUCAAAUAUGAAGACAAAAAAAUUCGUAAGAAGUGGAAAACGAGAGGCACACGUAUCGAAAAGACAAAAUAGAUAACGACAAAACUUAAGAAAGCCCUCAAAUAGACACGCCAAUCAUAUAUAGCGUGUUCUGCUAGUAUUCUCCUCUUUUAUUUUUGAUUGUUUAGCUGCCUCCGUUAACUUCUUUUUUGAAACACAAACUGCCCCCGUUAACAUUUUGGUUCUUUAUACAUAAAUUCACAGCUGUGAUUUGAAUAUAUACCGUAAAAUUAUAAGGUCAUAAACUAACUGUAAAUAUAAAACGCACAGUGCUCAAGUUAUGAACUGAAUACUGCAUACCAGGUUUUAAACUCAUCUUAUUAAUAACUAAACGAGAACAACACAACUCUUUUGGCGCCACAUGCCAUGGCGUUGGUCGCACGCUGGUUAGUUUCUUUUGCCAUCUUCCCUUAACUAAUUUUGUUUUUAUUAAGAUCUGCAUUCACGUUUUUAUAAUAAUAAAAGAACCAAAACCCCAAACAAUCUCUCUCUGUCCUUCACCUAAUUAUAAGUCACAAUCAUCAAUUUAUUAAAAAGAUCUUAAUUUUUUUCUUUAAGUAGUUGGUUCAAAUCUGCAUUGCCAUACGUUUUAUAUAUCUAAAUUUUGACACCCUACACUUAAUUCUAUAAAAUAUAUACAUUAGAUGACGUGUGAUCUUUUGAUGAGAACUUUUAUCCUCUUGACUUGAAUUUUGCUUACAAAUUGUCCUUGUUCUAGUGAAAAAGUCGUUUCCAUCACCUAAAUUGUGCCAAACGAAAAAGUAUACACUAGUUCUUUUCUCUACUGAGUGUAUAGUAAUGAUGGAUAAUAAUAUAGUAUAUAAGAAAUAGUGGUAUGUAAUAGAAAGAUUACUAGGUGAAAGCAAAACAACAGUUUAGAUAUUCUUGAAAUUAUAGCAUAGAUAUGCAAAAUCGUUGUAGAUCAAUUACAGUUUCACAAAAUGACAGAAACUAUAUACUAUAAUCUUAAAACAUACAUAGACACAUAAUCUCUCUGCCAACUCAUGCGAGGGAUAGGAUUAUUAAUGAAAAACAUAAAAUAAUGAAGGAUUGUAUUUUUCAGAACUAAAAAUGAAAUGUCGGAAAGUAUUUAAACAUAUCCGUAGAUUAUAAUAGUAAGGAAAAAAAAUAGGGGGUCAAAAGGAGCAAUUAUGAGAGAGCGUGUCGUGCCAACAAGCCAAUCCUCUCUCUAUCUCUCUUCACAUGAUACCAUGGCCAAUCUGCUACUUGUUUUUACAAAUUACAAUUAAUACUAUAUUUUAUUAUUAUAAUUGAGAAUUACUAAAUUACCUUAUCGCUGUCAGUCGACAAUGAAAAAAAGCGAAGAGAAUAAGUAAAUACGAAAAUAGAAAAAUUGAGGGGGAAAAGUGGAUAGUCGUCAGGGACCCACAGAUGGAAAGAGUAUAACUCGGUCGUCCGGUCCAUUCGUCACCGUCCGAUGUGUUAUUUAUUUCUAGUCUCUCACCUUUGACCAUAUCUCUUUGCUCUCUUGGUAGUAGGAAAGAAGAGCUCUGUACUUGUUGUUAUCUCUCUGCCUCCUCUUUUUUAUCUCCAUAGUCUCUUCCUCUGUUGCUAGCUAGUUUUUGCGAUGGCUGCUGGAAACGAAGUCAACCUUAACGAAUGCAAGAGAAUAGUCCCACUCAACACAUGGGUCCUCAUUUCCAACUUCAAGCUCGCUUACACCCUCCUCCGCCGUCCCGACGGCUCCUUCAACCGUCACCUCGCCGAGUUUCUCGACCGCAAAGUCCCCCCCAACUCUUUCCCCCUCGACGGCGUCUUCUCCUUCGACCACCUCGACUCCUCCACCAACCUUCUCACCAGAAUCUACCUCCCAGCUCCCCUCGACCCCUCCCGCUACGGCGCCGUGGACCUCACGGAGCCUCUCAGCACCACCGAGAUCGUCCCCGUUCUCGUCUUCUUCCACGGCGGUAGCUUCACUCACUCCUCCGCCAACAGCGCCAUCUACGACACUCUCUGCCGACGGUUAGUGACCAUAUGCGGCGUUGUUGUUGUCUCCGUUGAUUACCGGAGGUCGCCGGAGCAUCGUUACCCUUGCGCUUACGACGACGGAUGGAACGCUCUCAAAUGGGUCAAGUCCAGAAUCUGGCUUCGGAGUGGUAAAGACUCUGAUGUUUAUGUUUACUUGGCUGGUGACAGCUCUGGAGGCAACAUAGCUCAUAAUGUUGCUGUCAGGGCGACCAACGAAGGAGUUAAAGUGUUGGGGAACAUUCUUCUUCACCCUAUGUUUGGUGGGGUAGAGAGGACUCAGUCUGAGGAGAGACUUGACGGUAAAUACUUUGUUACUGUUCAAGAUCGAGAUUGGUAUUGGAGGGCUUUUUUACCUCAGGGUGAAGAUAGAGAUCAUCCGGCUUGUAAUCCCUUUGGUCCUCGAGGACAAUGCCUUGAAGGAGUCAAGUUUCCCAAGAGUCUUGUCGUUGUGGCUGGUUUAGAUCUUGUUCAGGAUUGGCAGUUGGCUUAUGUCGAUGGGCUUAAGAAGAGUGGUCAGGAUGUUAACCUUUUGUAUUUGAAGCAGGCUACCAUUGGGUUUUACUUCUUGCCUAACAAUGACCACUUCCGUUGUCUUAUGGACGAGUUGAAAAAGUUUGUGCACUCGAUGGAGGAUGAUAGUCUAAGCAAGUCAAGUCCUAUUCUUCUGACUCCUUAGCAAUAUGAAUAUACGUCUGCUCUAUGUUGAUGUUUUAUACACGAAGAGAAGAAGAAGAAGAAGAGGAUUGGAUGCUCGGUUUGUUUUGAGUACUUAGCUAUUGUGUAGUGCUCACUGCUUAGUCACGUUUUUUGUGUCUUCAUUAGUCUAGGCUUAUUGUGAGAUUUUGUUGGUUGCGCCGGAAGCAAAAACCAAUUCUGUUAUCGGCAUGUAUCGGUUUAGGGAUAAACCGGGGAAUGGUACUUUGCUUGGUAGUAUAGGAGGUAGUCUUUAGUUGGCUCUUGAGUAUAGGGUAAAACUUGUCCUUGGCAUGGAUUUGUAUGUUUAUACUUUAUAUUAACCUUUUUGUCUUCCAUGCUUUUAAUAAAAAGAGCAUGUCUUUGUGGUUCUA